AUGACUAAACUCGCGGCCGAUCCUACAAAGUGCGACAAUUGUGUCGAUGAUAGGGAACCGCUCGACAGUCAACAGGAGUUGAUACUGAAGAUCAUUAAAGACAAGUUCAAUGAAUGCAAUGAAUUCAGAAACAGUGACAUCGAAUCGGACAAAGAAAGUGUCAAAUAUUGCUGUGUCUGCAAGAAGUUUAUACCGGAGUUUCAUAAAUAUAAGCUCAAAGACAGCGUUAAUCCGACCAAUACUUACGGAACUAUUAAUCCGGUGGUUGUUAUCAACAUCUUUAAGGACGAGGACGCCGAUCACAUCCCAAUCGGUGGUGUGAUUAAUGAGGCUUUUCUUAACAACGAAGACGACACUCGGUUUGACUUAAGAAUAAUCCCUGAAGUGGACGAAGAAUAUCAGAGCGACCCGACCCUCGAGAGACCCGCGUCCAGAGGGGACACACCUUUCGGGCAUUCAGACAAAUGGAGGACUUCGUCGAAGAGGUCAAUGGUGUCCAUGAAGUCUCACAACUCAACUCAAUUGCGAACAAUGACUCCAUCGAGACGAAGAUCAUCGGCCAUCACAUCAAACUCCAGCGAAAAGCGAAGAGAAAGCAUCCGGAAUAUGCUCUUUGGAGACCCGGAGCUCUCACUCCGGAGGUUCAGUCAAGACAUCCGAAGUACUGUCAACGAGGAGAAGAAAUUGAGCGAUGAGUACGAGACGUAUAAAGUGAUAUUCCUCCAGGUCUUUGUGCCAUUUCUCAUCGCAGGUUUUGGUAACGUUGGCGCCGGACUUAUACUCGAUUACGUCCAGCACUGGGAUGUCUUUCAAUCGGUGUCCGAAUUGUUUAUUUUGAUCGCUUCGUAA